CUGAUCCAUAUUGCCUCAUCCAGAGGUGCUGUGUUCAAAAACAACAACAGACAAGACAAAAGAAAGUCAAGGCAAGGUUCCCGCUCCCUCCCUCUCCCCUUCCUUUGUUGAAGGUGUGACAGAAACAACAGAGCGACGUGCAUGGAAAAAAAAAACUCGCAUCAGGACCACAUCAGUCCAGACACCAGCCCCGCGCAUGCAGACCACAUCCCGGCGCAGAAUAGCGGCAGUGGGCGCCUGUAAACAAGAGCAUGUCUGCAGUUUCAUGGGGAGAAGCGAGAGACGAGCGCAGCCCAGAAUAAACUGAAGUGGGAGAGAGAGAGGAGCGGUGGCGGAGAGGUGUGAGCUGGGAAAAAGUGGACGUCAAGGUGGAAAGAGAGUCGGACUGAUUCCUGAGGUGUAUGUGUGGUUAAAGGGCCCUCUCCAUGGAUAUAGACACAGAUUAUGAGCGCCCCAAUGUGGAAACCAUUAAAUGUGUGGUGGUCGGGGAUAACGCAGUAGGCAAGACCAGGCUAAUCUGUGCCCGCGCCUGCAAUGCCACCCUCACACAGUAUCAGCUGCUUGCCACCCACGUGCCAACCGUCUGGGCCAUCGACCAGUACCGUGUAUGCCAGGAGGUGUUGGAGAGAUCUCGUGAUAUAGUGGAUGAGGUCAGUGUGUCCCUGAGGCUGUGGGACACAUUCGGGGAUCAUCACAAAGACAGACGAUUUGCCUAUGGCAGGUCCGAUGUGGUGGUGCUUUGCUUCUCUCUGGCCAAUCCCAACUCCCUGCGCCACGUCCGCACCAUGUGGUUCCCGGAGAUCAAGCACUUCUGUCCCCGGACGCCCAUCAUCCUGGUCGGCUGCCAGCUGGAUCUGCGCUACGCCGACCUGGAAGCGGUUAACCGUGCACGACGGCCCCUUGCCAAACCAAUCAAACCUACAGAUAUUCUUCCUCCCGAAAGAGGCCACGAAGUUGCAAAGGAGCUUGGGAUACCCUACUACGAGACCAGCAUUGUUGCCCAGUUUGGGGUGAAAGAUGUUUUCGACAAUGCCAUCCGAGCCGCUCUGAUCUCCCGUCGACACCUGCAGUUCUGGAAGUCCCACCUGAAAAAGGUCCAGAGGCCCCUCCUCCAGGCGCCCUUCCUGCCUCCUCGCCCACCACGCCCAAUCGUGGGCAUCCCAGAUCCCCCUCCCACAGACGGCGAGGGCCCAGAUUCUCUUUUCUGCCAGCCACUGUGCACCGAUGUCCUUUUCCUCCUGCAGGCUGGCGCCACUCGCGUCUUUGCACAUAAAGUCUAUCUGGCAACUUCUUGCUCCAAGUUUUACGACCUCUUCACCCUGGAUCUCGGUGGAUCGUGUGUGAUGCCGAGGGGGGAGGAGCAGGAGAGCAAGGAAAACUUGGAGGGCGGGGAGGAGGAUGAGCAGAGCAGGAGAGGAGCCAAGGAGCAAGCCGGGCGCACUAAGAGCCUGGACAUUGAUAAAGACGGGGUUGAUGGAGGAGUGCGGGGCCUGAAUCGACCCCAGCUGCUCCAGCAGGGCUCUUUGAGGACUUCCCAGAGCGAUAAUGCGCUCCCAUCCCGAGCCCAGUACUCCCUGGGAGGUCUGGGCACUGGCCGAGCACUUUCAGGAUGGGGGAGAGGGUUCCUGAGCGUGUGUCUGGAGCACGUCGAUGAUCCAAUGACUGGACGACCACGACUUGUGACUGUGGUAGCCAUGGAUGCUCUUAUACAAGAAGAGCCAUUUAAGGCGGUGCUUCAGUACCUGUACACAGGCAGUCUGGACGAGGGCCGAGGGGACCUGAUGCAGGUGGCCACCAUAGCGGAGCUGCUCGAGGUGUUUGAUCUGCGGAUGAUGGUGGCCAAUGUUCUGAACAGAGAGAGCUUCAUGAACCAGGAGAUCACCAAGGCCUUCCACGUCCGCAGAGCCAACCGCAUCAAGGAGAGUCUCAAUAAAGGGACCUUUGCUGAUGUGGUGUUCCGCCUGGACGAUGGCUUCCUCCCGGCCCACAAGCCCCUGCUCAUCUCCAGCUGUGACUGGAUGGCGGCCAUGUUCCGUGGCUCUUUCAUGGAAAGCUACGUAGAGGAGGUAUCCAUUCCAAACACCGGUACAGCCUGUAUGCGUGGGGUGCUGGAGUUUCUGUACUGUGGUCAUCUGACGCCCUGUCCUGGACUAGAGCCCAUGGAACUGAUUGUUCUGGCCAACCGCCUCUGUUUGCCACGCCUUGUUGCCCUCACAGAGCAGCACGCUGUGGAUGAGCUCCUCCAGUUGGCGGUGAAGGGAGUUGACGUUGAUGGACAGGUGUUGGCUUACCUCGAGCUUGCACAGUUCCACAAUGCCAAGCAGCUCUCAGCUUGGUGUCUCCAUCACAUCUGCACUAAUUAUAACAGCAUCUGCCGCAAGUUUCCCAAAGACAUGAAGGCGAUGUCUCCAGAGAACCAGAAGCACUUUGAGAAGCAGCGCUGGCCUCCGGUGUGGUUCCUGAAGGAGGAGGACCGCUACCUGCGCUCUCAGAAAGAGCGUGAGCGCGAGGAGGAGAUCCUGCGCAAGCAACACACCAAACGGGGCUGGUGUUUCUGGAGACACCCGUCCUCCUCUCCGCAUGUCUCCUAAACGUCCUCCACUGACUUUUUCAUCACACCCAGGAAAAACCAACCCCCCCCAAAAGCUUGAAGAGGAGUUUGACUCUGAACCCUCUAUCUGUGGAGAAAUGACUCUCAGUGCUACUCUGCCUGAAUGUCAGCGUGUUUUGGGGGAAUGUACGUGCCUCUUUAUAACUGUGGGUGACUUCAUGAGUGCAUUUUGGUAUGCUUGUGUGACCAGUGUGGACUCAGCUGAAGGGUUAGCACGUGUGCGAGUGUGUGUGUUUGAGUGAUGCUUCCGUGUUGAGUGCUUCCCAGACGCCCUCCUGAUCUUUGAGGGCCUGUGGCGUUGCAGUGCAGCCCCCUGUCCCCUCCACCAGAGCUCCUUCCCUCCACCAGCACUCACAGGGUCUCAGCCUCUGAGUGACUGGACUGGGAGCCAAGGGCUCUCUUAUCUCUCUCAGUCUCCUCCCUUCACAUUGACCUUAAUGACUAUUACACACUGACCAUGGCGGCUCCUCUCAGGGAGCUUACCUCUGCCUUCACUUUUACGCAGACUGUUAGCUUGCACAUACAUACCCAUGCCCAAGCCCCCCCCCCCCUGGGAGUAGUGCACACUACUCCCAGGAAGCUCUGAGGACUUCGAUGACUGCCACUGCACCCGCAAAGAUGAGACUGUUAAUCCAGAGCCCAGAUAUGGGUGUAAGGGUAACUUUAAAACUGCGAGCAAAAUAGGAUGCUCCAAUCAGGAGGCCAAAUCAUAACCGUUAACCUCCAGAGUCUAGUCCUGUUGUGGUCCCUGGCAUUCAUCCUCCACUCCGUGCACGUUCCACCUCCUCUUGCAAACCACACCUGCAACAUAAGAAAACAUCAGCUCUCGGAUUCACCAAAACUGCACCUCAGAGACAUUCAAAGUGACCACUCUAUAGCAAUGAUGGGGGGAGUAAAGAGGGCCAGCCUUACUGGAUACCUCUACCACGGAGGAGUGAUGGCUACAGUAAUAAACAAAUGCGCUUGUAACGUCCAUGGCCACUAGGUUGCAUUUGAGCACCUCAGCCAGCCUGCCUUUACACCCCUGCAACACUAGGGGCAGCACUGCUCAGGGCCCCCGGCACUAACCUGCACCCUAACAGAGUUUAUGCUUACUUACCAUCAUUAGGAUCAUAAGUAUAACUUCAGUCGUAAAGUGUUAGAGGAAAGUGGAAGCACAUUCACAGUGUUAUUGAUGCAUUUGAAAACUAUACUUAACUUUUGGGUUUCACCUGAUUCUGAAUGCCAAAGCUGCGAUUCUUUUAAUCUCUCUCUUCCUCGUUUUCUUCAUUUCUGCUUCCUUUAUUAGCGGAGAAGGGGUGGAGGAGAGUUGAGGGCGUGGCUCGAAGGUGGAGGUGGUGGCGUUUGAAUCCCUCCUCGUGGUAAUGUUUGCUGGAGAUUGCCUUCCAUUCCUCUUGCUGGAAUUGAAAAUGGUGCUCAAGACACAAUAAGUCCACAAGAACACACAGACAUACACAUGAUUUUUUUAUGUUCACAGUUCAACAGUCUGUCUUGUUUUGUGUUUACCUGUGAUGAAUGUGCAGAGAAUUGAUAAUGGUAUUGGAAUCUGACACGAGGAUUCUUAAACUUUAAGUUUUUUUCUUCAGAGGUCAAAAUAGAUAAUUGCUUGUAGAAUGUGUAGAUCUCUGCUUUUACACACAGUGGUUACAACUUUGUUCUGUCUUUUAUCUUGUAAAAAAUAUGAUCUGUUUUGCUUCCUUAACCUUAACCAGGAAAAUAAUGUUACUUUAGCUUGAAUUUGCAAUCGCGAGUGUUGUCUCAAACAACAGACUGAUUUAUAACCGCAUAUGAGAGCUAAUCGUAUUUUCUUGCUAAGGGUGUUAAUUUCUUUGGGCUUUAGGACUGAAUGUAAAAACCAGACUUUGAGUUGAUGAGAUUUUUUUAGCACGUUUGUUGUAUUUGCAGGUUUGGUGCCCCUCAGCUUUACGCAGGUAACUAAGGCUGAUAGAUAAAUUGUGCAAGACGUGUUCAUGGCGUUCAUGUGAUAAAGUCCUGAAAUAGAUGUGAGAUGCGUUCUCAUGAGACCAAAGUGAGAAUUGAGGUGACUCUGCUGUGAAAAGAGUGAAAGUAGAGAAUAAGUGCACAAGUCUCAGCAAGAAUUACAUGGAACCUACAUUUUGGGUUUAUUCCAUGGAUUUGAUCUCAUCCCAGGGCAGGAUUAUGGGAAUUUAGAAAUGAUCACCUAAAGAGGAGGACGUUGGGGGGCAGUUUUUGGAUGGACUUGCAUGGCCUGCUUUUUUGUCGCCCCUAGAAAGGAGCGCUAUUAGAUUUGUCUUAUUUGGUUGGAUCUAUGAAGCCUCUUCUCUCGGUCCAUGUGCCUUUUAGUGACACAAAAUUUAAAACCCUUUUUUUUUCUUAUUUCAAACGUACAGACAGGUUCUGCAGCUGCUGACUUGAUGGAUGCAGCAGACAAUGGCUAUAACUAUAAAAAGGAUUAUGCCAUUUGGCUUUAUGACUUCUCAGUCAUGAUCCAUCUUGAUUUUAGACCCAACGAGAGGCUUAGAUUUGUUUUCACAGAAGACACGUUGACAUGUGACAGUAGGAAAAACACAGGGGCACAUAAGAAAUGAAUAACUGGGACUGUUGAAUAGAACAGAGACAUUUUAAUGUGACACCUGCUGCUUCUCUACUGUGACAAGUCAAAAUGUCGGCCCACUGCUCGCUGUAUGCAGAAAAAAUGGCCUUGAAUCAGUCUGUUAGUAGAAAGCAGUAGGUUGGUGUAAUCAUUUGGCCUUAGAUUAGUCUGCUCCUUCUAGUUUGGUGUCUGCAUGUAGAAGGACUCACAUGGUGUUUGG